AUGGCGACUCGAAGCGCAGCUCUCAAGCUUGACUGGACCAAGGUCACCAGCUCCCUUGGACUCCGCGGCCAGACCGUUGCCUCCCUGCAGGCCUUCAAGAAGCGCAACGAGGACGUCCGCCGCAAGGUCCAGCAACUCAAGGAGCAGCCCACCACCGUCGACUUCUCCCAGUACCGAUCCGUCCUCAAGAACCAGGCUAUCGUCGAUGAGAUUGAGAAGCGAUUCAACGCCUUCAAGCCCGUUACCUACGAUGUUAGCCGACAGCUGAAGGCUAUCGACGCCUUCGAGGCCGAGGCCGUCAAGAACGCCGAGGCCACCAAGCAGGCCGUCGACCUCGAGCUCAAGGACCUCGCCGCUACCCUCAAGAACAUCGAGGAGGCCCGACCAUUCGAGGACCUCACUGUCGACGAGGUUGCUGCUGCCGAGAAGUCUAUCGACGAGAAGACCGACCAGCUCGUUUCCAAGGGCCGAUGGAUGGUGCCAGGCUACAAGGAGAAGUUUGGCGACUUGGCUAUGGUUUAG